AUGCCGUCGACCUCCGCGAGUGCGAUCGAAGAUCUCGCAGCGACCGCGCGCGAGCUACACCGCGACGCGUUCGCGCGAAACGGCUCGGCCGAACCGCUCAGAGGCGAUGCGCACGCAGAGUACCUGCGCGGCGGACUGGGCGCGCUCCCACAAGUCUUCGUCUCGCUCGAUGCCUCGCGAGCUUGGAUGGCGUACUGGUGCGUGCACGGUCUCGCCGUGCUCGGAAGGGUGCUCGACGAUGAGGUCCGGACGCGGGUGGUUGGGUUUCUGGACGCGUGCGUCGACGCGCGGCGCGGCGGUUUCGGCGGCGGACCGGGACAGAUGGGACAUCUGGCGACGACGUACGCGGCGACGGCGGCACUGGUCACGAUCGGCGGAGAUGAUGCGCGAGAAGUGAUCGCUCGAGCGGACGUGAAGCGUUUUUUGAUGUCGUUGAAGGAGAAAGAAACGGGCGGGUUUCGCGUGCACGAGGGCGGCGAGGCAGACGCGCGCGGAUGUUAUGCCGCGAUGGCGUCAGCGCAUAUGUGCGGAUGCCUGGAUAAUGACGUGCGAAGUGGCGUGGGGGCGUACGUGUCGAGGUGUCAGACGUACGAAGGUGGGAUCGGGGGAGAACCUGGAGGUGAGGCGCACGGCGGAUACACGUAUUGCGGACUCGCCGCGUGCGCGCUUGCGGGCGAUUUUGGGACGUUAGAUUUGGAGAACCUCGAGCGUUGGCUCGUGAACAGGCAAGGUGAGAUCGAGGGUGGGUUCAGCGGUCGAACUAAUAAGCUUGUCGACGGUUGCUACUCGUUUUGGCAGGGCGGAUGUUUUCCGCUAUUGCGUCGAGCGAACGACGUGAUGCUGUUGCAAUUCAUGGAGAGAAGUAAAAUGACUGUCGGUGGUCGUACCGUCGUGGGUUCGGACGAUCUUGGGCUCGAGGCGCGCGUAUUAGGAGCGUGUGCGGCGACCAUGUUCACAUCGGGCGCGUUCGAAUCUUCGUCGACACCUGCGGCGUUUUCGAGUGGCGCGUUGCAAGGAUGGAUUCUCGAUUGUUGUCAGAGCGAUAACGGCGCUGGUGGUCUUCGAGACAAACCGGGAACGGGUCGCGAUCACUAUCAUACGUGCUACUGCCUCAGUGGACUGAGUCUUGCGCAGCACCACGGUCGAUGCGGUCUCGUCGAGGUCGUCGGUCCCGCGGAGUCCAACGCGCUCGUCGAGAUCGAACCUCUCGUCAACGUGGUCAAACACAAGUACGAGACGUGGAUGCGCGCCCUGACGUGA